AUGACCCUUCUGCGACAAUCCCCAAUACGACGCAGCAUGUCUCCUUUCCGUUUCCAGCUCAAAAUUCUAGUGUCCUGUGAAGAAGAUGAUGAAGCCGAUGACUUUGACUUCCACGAAAAUAGCGACGACUUAUCCACAGUCGAUGUUCGUCUCUUAAGUUUCAGCCAAACCUUCUCCUCCUCUUCAUCACUUUCACUGUCAGAGUCGUCGUCAGAGUCUACUCCGCUCUGCAUUACCAAUAUUGUGUCUUCAAUAGCGUUCACCUCGUCUUCAAUACUUUCGAUCAAUGGAGCAUAA